AUGUUCAGUCCUUUCAUUUGUGGUAGCUUUCAAGAUCAAGAAGAAGAUUUAGAACCCUAUAGCUUUUGGUCAUCACCAAAGAAAUCAAGCCCAUGUUCAACACCCAAAGGUUCAAGAAAAACUGGAUUAUGCAGUAAAAGUAAAGUCAGCAAGAACCCAUAUGCAAACCGAGGGCUCGAUAAAUUCUCUGAACUUUUGGCAGAACUUGAAGACAAAAGACAGAAGAUCUACACCCAAAAGGGCUCAGAGAAAAUCUCUUUCGUUCGCUUUGUUUACUCAAACUCCAAUGAUAUCAAACCCAUCGUUGUGAAGUUGAAAGAUAGAAAGCAAGAAAAACCCAAAGAUCAGAAUCUGAAUAAUGUUUCAGAGGCCCCAGAAAAGAUUCAAGUUGAAUCCUCAGAAGCUGUGAGUGAAAGUCAACAACAACCACCCAGAAAGCAAUCGGAAGAGAAGAUUAAGAAGAAGAAGAAAUUUACGUGGAAUAUUAUGAAAAUGAAGGAUUUGAGACGGCCUUCUUAUUACUUGCCAGUGGUUAUAAUCUUUAUUUUGUUGAUUUUGGCUGUGUUUGGGCGAUCGUUUGCUAUAUUAUGUACUUCUAUUGGAUGGUACUUGGUCCCUACUGUUCAUGGAGCGGGCUCAUCAGAUUUGAAGAGGCCGAAGAAGAAGAAAGAAUAUACAAGAAGAUUGAGUGAGAGAAAGAUUGUGACUACUGAUGGAUUAUCAUCUCCUAAAGAAACUUCUCCGACUAGUGUAAUCACCGGACCGGGACAACAUGGUCAUCGGAAAAGCUGGUGA